CUGCUGCCGUGCGGUACCGGCAUCCGCAGCGCGGCGAGCCAAUCGGCUGUCGUCUCCGGCUUGUUCCCGCGGGGCCCCCGGCCCAAAAGCGCGCCCUUUUAUAUCCCGCCCGCCGGCCAGCCGAUCGGCCACAGCCACCACCACCACCACCAGGGCGCCACGGACAGCAGCUUUCACCUUCUUCCUUCGCCCUCCAUCGGGACGAGAGAGCUCUGUCGCGGAGCAGGGAGGAUGGAAGGGGCGGUGGAGAGGAGCGGCGGCGGCGGCGGGGGUGGGGGCACGCAGGUGUCCGGCAGCAGCAGGUUCAGGCGGGUGUGCGUGUUCGGCGGGAGCAGCUCCGGCAAGCGCAGCAGCUACCGGGACGCCGCCGUCGAGCUGGGCAGGGAGCUGGUGGCGAGGAAGGUGGACCUGGUGUACGGAGGCGGCAGCCUGGGGCUCAUGGGGGAGGUCUCCGAGGCCGUGCACAAGGGCGGCGGCCACGUCAUUGGCGUCAUACCGACGACUCUGAUGGGCAAGGAGAUCACCGGGGAGACGGUGGGCGAGGUGCGGGCCGUGGCGGGCAUGCACCAGCGCAAGGCGGAGAUGGCACGCAACUCCGACGCCUUCAUCGCGCUCCCGGGGGGGUACGGGACGCUGGAUGAGCUCCUGGAGGUGAUCGCGUGGGCCCAGCUCGGCAUCCACAGCAAGCCGGUGGGCCUGCUGAACGUGGACGGGUACUACAACUUCCUGCUGGCCUUCUUUGACAAGGCGGUGGACGACGGCUUCAUCAAGCCCGCGCAGCGCCACAUCUUCGUCAGCGCCCCCGACGCCAGGGGCCUCGUCCAGAAGCUUGAGGAGUACGAGGCGGUGGCGGACGAGGACCCCGCCACGCCCAAGCUGCGGUGGGAGAUCGAGCAGGUCGGCUACAACGCCGCGCUGCAGGCCGAGAUCGCCCGCUAGCUAGCUUACAUCUCGCCGCCGGCGGCCUCGCCUGCCCGGCCGCCCGGCGCUCCAUCCUACUAGUGCCUAGUGGAGGCAGCAAAGUUUGACGAGCAAAACGCCGGGAGGAUUUUUGUUUUUUUUUUUUUGGGCGGGCGGGCGGGCGGGCGGGCGUUUUACUUGCUGGCCAGCUGCCAUGUACUGUGCGCCCAUCCGCAUGUAUCCCUAGUGCUCUUACUUUUCACUAAUCCUAGCUAGUAGAGGACAGCAUAUAUAGUUCACUGUCCCCCUAAUGUGUAGUAUUUUCGUGUGGUAGCAGUAGUAGCAGGACAUCCAUUGGUGUAAAAACUGGUAAUAACGCAAUCGUCCAAUUGACCAGUCUGUUAAUUCACAUCAGAAUGAGUUGCAGUGCUC